AUGAUCUUUGCUUUCAUCUCUGCCCUUCUUUUUGCCGUAGAGGCCGUCAACUCUGCUCCGGUGCCGCCAAAGCUCGCACCUCUCUAUCGCCGCUCAAGCUCCAACUCGACGCGCUAUAUUGUCGCUCUUCAUGAAAACACGGUAAACCCUACCCAAAGGCUCGACUGGCUCAACCGUGUAUUGGCCACGACGACACCCAGAAUCUCCGCCCAGUCCACCUCGGACGCCAACGGUGCAAUCCAUCAUUGGGACGCGGGAGUCUUCAAUGGACUCGCAGGAACAUUCGACUCUGAAUCAGUGAACGUCCUCCGCGCACAAAGCGAGGUCGCGUGGAUUGAAGAAGACGCCGUCCUUCACAAGUCUGCUUCUCCUCUCAUCAGCCAACUCAACGCUCCAUGGGGUUUGAGCCGACUCUCCUCCGACACACCUCUCGAUGUUCCAGCACGGUUCGACCCCCGCAACACGUCCUUUACGUACACAUUCCCUUCGUCUGCUGGAAAGGGUGUCGACAUCUACAUUCUCGACUCUGGAAUCCGAACUACGCAUCUCGACUACAAUGGUCGCGCCGAAUUCUUGGCCACCUUUAGUGACGGUGCUCCAGGCCAGGACAGAGACGGACACGGAUCCCAUGUCGCAGGAACCGCCGCAGGUCGUGCAUUUGGCGUUGCAAAGGCAGCAAAUCUCUUCGCUGUCAAGGUCUUGGACGAUUCGGGCGCGGGCCCCAUCAGCGCAAUCAUUAGCGGACUAAACCUCGUCGCUAAACGUGCAUCCGGUCAAAACACGACAUCGACCACCAACUCGACCACACAGGCACAAUCAGUCGUCUCUCCGCCGACCCUGGACCGUCGCGUAACCGCCAAUGUGAACAACUUUACGCUGCUCAACCAACUUCCCAAUAGUGCCAACGUUUCUUCUCCCGUCGUUCGGGGCGUAGUCGUCGUGAUCGCCGCUGGAAAUGAUGGUGUUGAAGUAGGCGAUGCGAGUCCUGCAGAUGUACCAGAAGCCAUCACUGUUGGUGCCAUGGACGUCAACGACAACGUGCCGUCGUUUAGCAAUUUCGGGUCACAAGUUGCUGUAUUCGCGCCAGGCGCCGCCAUUCUGUCAUGUGGAAUCACCUCUGACAAUGCCACCGCGGUGCUUUCGGGAACUUCUAUGGCUACGCCACACAUUACGGGCCUCUCUGCCGUUCUUCUCGGUGAAGAUCCGACUCUGAGCCCUGCUCAGGUAAAGGCAAAGAUUCAAAGCCUCGCAAUUCAGGGAGCGCUUGGAACCGGAUUCAAGGUUGGAUCUGGCACGAAGAAUCUCUUGGCUAAUCUGAGAGUAUAA